CGGCGCUGUCCACACCACCACCACCACUACCAGUCCAGUCCACCACCCGCACUCCGGCGACGGCAAGAUGCAGAUCUUCGUGAAGACGCUGACGGGGAAGACGAUCACGCUCGAGGUCGAGAGCAGCGACUCCAUCGCCGCCCUCAAGCCCAAGAUCCAGGACAAGGAAGGUGUGCCCUCAGAGCAGCAGCGCCUGAUCUUUGCCGGGAAGCAGCUGGAGGAUGGCCACACCCUCGCCGACUACAACAUCCAGAAGGAGUCCACGCUUCACCUGGUGCUCCGUCUCCGCGGCGGCGGCAAGGGCGGGACGUACCCGGUGAUUGAGCCCAACCUCCUGCAGCUGGCGCUCAAGUACAUGCAGCACAAGCUCAUCUGCCGCCAGUGCUAUGCACGCCUUCCUCCCAGGGCUUCGAACUGCCGCAAGAAGAAGUGUGGGCACAACGAUGAGCUGAGGAAGAAGAAAAAGCUCGCUUCCAAGACUCCAAAAUAAUGCACUGGAAUGGAAUGUGAGAGUGAUAGGCACCCGCACUGUCUCCUUAGCGGCUUAGUGUCAUAACUUACUAGAAUUUAAGCCUUGUAGUAGCUACCUUGAAUUGAAGUCCUUCCCUUACUCUAUCUGAACAUUGUGAGUUGUUCUUGAUAGUGAUGCAUGGCACUGACAUGGAUGCUGAAUUUAGAGAAGCUAGUUAAAAGUUACUUCUGUAUCACUGCCUAUGAAAAACAUGCAUGAAUUCUCAUGGCUGUAGUCACUGCAUGGCUGUAGUGAGCUCUUGUCAGGUUAAUGUUCCUUUUUUUUCA